AUGGCCACAGCUUUUGCAAGUGGAUCCUGGACGCGAAUUCGUUGGUGUUGUCACCAAGGAGAUCGAAAAACACUCAUCAAACAUUCGAGGCGGGCGGGUGGAUAUUCACCGCGACCAGGCCAUCGUCCAAAAUUCAACCGCAUCCUUGCUGCGCGCCUGUUCAGGCACCAGUAUGCAGUCGAAAUGAGGCUGUCCGUGAGCCAAAGAUCUUCCGAAUGGGUGGUGUCACUUCCCGAUGUGGUACCACUCUGAACUGUGAAGUCACUCGGUUGACCGGCAAGAUGCCUGGUGAGGCCAUCAAAGAAAAGGCCGUUUAUUCCAAGCCUGCGACUUCUUGCGUCAGACUUGUUGGCGGGUGUGAAAACUGGAUCCCCUCCUCGGCGGUUGUUCGCUAUCUCUACCAACCUGGUGAACUUGAGGGCGGAAGGAAAAGAGCCUCACAUCCGAUCUGAAACUGUACGACAUCGAAAAAACCAUCACCAACCCCAAAUGAACCGAUUUUGUAUUAUUUGAAGAACGGCCCCAAGCGUGGCUUUGUUUGCGGGGAUCUUCUUGUCGUGCCUGCCGACACCGAGCUGCCGUCUCCCUCAUGGCAUCUCCCACAGCUCCUGGUCCCACUUCUUCACCUCCAUGUGACACUCUAUCGGCUCCGUCUGGAUGUCGUCCUCCAGAACCCUGCGUUUUUCAUAGUACGCGCUCAGCCCCAGCUUUUUGUGCUCAUAGGUGCACAUCACUCCUUUGUUUAUUCUCAACCCUCUGUUUGUGGCGGUAUCUACGUUCCCCUCCAGCGCUUCGUUGCACCGGUGCAAUUUGUUUUGUCGUUUUUGCAUCGCUUUUGAGGACGCUUUCAUCUUGGCUUUUUCGUCCUAUCCGUAAUAACUCUUGCUGCACAAGGCAAUCAUGCUAGUGCCCUCAAACUCGAGCUUAAACAUCCCGGGUUCGCGUUCAAUCCAUUUGGUCCAAGCAAACCAUUCUUUUUUUCCAUUUUUGAAACUCCUCCCGCAACUCCGGGCGCACUGCUUCUUUCAACGAAUCACAUGAUAACGCAAAAUACAAACUGUCAGUAUUUUGUUCAACCUUGCGCCUGUUUUCCGUGACUUUCUCCACAAACCGCUUAAAAGCCUUUUGAGGCACAUAGUCAACUGUUCUAUGCACCGCUCUGAUUUUCAAACCAUGGUCAAGAUACCAUUUCAACAGUGGGGCAUACAGCAGUAUUGUUUCUGCUGAAAGGGCGCCAACCAGAUUUGGUUGGUUGUGCAUGGGAAUUUGUGUGAACGGAUUCUAGUUUUGCCUGCCUCAUGCUUUCGACAAAAGACCAGGCUUGGUCGCCCGACGACCACUCCUUUGAGCAUUUUGUAGGCCUCCUUGCCUGAGGCAUACAACUCCGGGGCGUCUCUGUGGUUCAGUGUGCCCAGCAGCACAUUUUUCAUUGAAACCCCGGUAACGAUACCGCAUCUUUGAAAAUCUCGAUUCCCAGCCUUGUGUAAAACCCUUGCAUGGACUCCAGGGCUCCUAGAAAGGGCUCAACAUCCAGGUUGUUGUGAUACUUUAGCCAAUCGGCGAACGUUUUCAUUCCCCGCUCGCCGGAUUGACCAAGGAGGGUCAUAAAAUACUUCUUGAUUAGAUUCACAUCAUAGCGCCCCGAGUUGAAACCUAGACUUGAGAUUUGGAAACACUUUUGGUUAAUCAGCUUUUGUUGCUGCUCUAGCAUGAAAUCGAAAUCCUCCGGGAUGUAGCGCUGCAUGUCUUCGCGGAUCGCUUCACUCCUGCGUUCGAGUACUUCCCUUGCGGAUCUUUGCUGGCGAUAUGCUCUGGCUCUCUGUCUUCAGUAUCUCCUAGCGAAACAGACGCGGGCACUUACUCGUUUGGAAACAGCAGGUCUUUUGUUACCUGUUUGAGUUAAUUGCUUUUGUCCAGCCACGCGACGAAAUCGUAAACCAUGGCGUGCGGAAAGGUUUCCGUGUUCUUUUUUAAAUAAAUUGUGCUUUCAUGAAAAUCGUGCUCCCAACACUCAACCAAUUCAAAUCCCGCUUCAAGAAUCGCCUUUGUUCUUUCCAGGGCUCGUGCAUACUGCAUAACUCUUGUUAAUUUUUGUUUACUUGCUUGGUUUUUUCGAAAGCGACCAAUUUCUUUCGGGGUGUUGGAUAUCACUUGGGACAGCCAUACCAAUGACACCCGUGGAACUGGAACACCGUGUUUGUUUCCAGGCAAAAAUCAUUCACUCGAUAGCCAGCAAUGACCUUUUCCCCACCAUGGCCAGAAAUUUGCUGAUUAAUAUGCAUACCCCGCCGUCGGGCCUCGUGCUCCAUCCACCUUAACGCCUUUCCAGCAAAAGCCCUCUUCCCAUAAAACGCUCUUUGAUAUGCUGUUUCGGGUGACCAGUUUUUCUCUUCUCGGCACACCACUUUCGUGGCUCCUCUUGUUCAAACCUCUGCAUGUCGUCACAAGCUGCCAACUUGCGGACCUUGCGUAAAUCUAGCUUAACACUCGGCACAAGCAUAAUGGUUUGUCACUUUAUUAAGAUUUGUGGUUAGAAAAGCGUGGUGUUGGUAAAGACCAAUGUUCAUCUCGGGGGUUACAAGUCUAUUAAAACGCGAGGGAAAAUAGGUGCCGUCGUCGGUAACCUUUUAACGAGUAAGCCCCUGAUGAAAACGGUUUUUGAUCAAAGGGAAAUGUCCUUUGUGAAUUUGAUGCCCUCGAACUUGAUGUUAGCGAAAAAACGUUCGGCAAUCUCACGAGUUUGUCUUUUAUUGAAUCGUCGGUCCGUUGAUGAACAGCAAGACAUCUAAAAAUACAGAAAUCGUCGGGGUACGUAUCCAGCACCGACAAACCCUUUUUGUUUCGAGGCCAAUCGGGCAAACGUGCAAAGGAGCCUGAGGGUCUUCGAUAAUAUUUAUCUCAUCCACGAGGUGAUCCUCAAAAGCUCAUUUUGUGUAAGGGCGAUCUAUGUUUUCACCCGUGAGGCGGUUUUCUUCUUGCUCUUUCAACCAGUCUAGCGACCAACAUUUUGUCAAACCAGGGGCUUCUGAGGCUUUUUUUAUAAUAGGCCAUUGUGUCCCCCGUCCUGAUGCUUUGAAGCGGAUAGACAUAAUUGUGUUUGAUGGUAAAACUGUUUCUCUCAGUUUUCUCGAUCUCCUGAAACGCUUUCGUCUCAGGCAAGUUAAGGCACGGGUUGCAAGGCUAAAAAGACCCCCCACAGAGAAGGCAAAGAUCUUUUUAAUGACGCAGAAGAAUCCAGAAAAAGGGUUCCACAAUCAUAUAAUAAGAUAUAUCUCUCUAAAAUAGUUUUGGAAAAUUCAUCUCAAGCGGCACGUGACAUUCCUUCGACCAUGACGUCACAAAAUCUUUUUUCUCAAACGAUGCAAGGCUGUUAAACUUCAGGCUAAAAAGACUUGUCAUCAAAUUGUCAGCCAAACUGUCUGGAUUGUCAAUUGGCCUUGCUGGGUUGAUAAAAGUAUUUUUAUUGCGAGUUAUUAAAGUCUUUUAUAAGUCACGUAACCUGUUUUUCUAUAUUUCGUAAUCAUUGCUCUACUUAGGCAUACAUGCAGGGCUAUUUCCCAAUAUCCAGGCCAGGGGUAAAACACUGGUGCCUAAGAAUAUUUGCUGCUCUUUCAUUUCCUUUCCCCCGUUUGAAUUUGAACAUUUUGACCGUUGACGAUCAUUUGCAGGUCACGUGACUAAUAUUUCAACAAUGAAUAUGUCACAUAUUGUUAAGGCUACCGAGCUAAAACUGUUUACCAAGUUUCAUGACGACUGAUCAAAACAAUCCGUUUCAAAUGCCACGUCGCCAAAUUACGCAAAUUAUGAGGUGACCCAUGCCUUAACAUGCCUGAGGUCGCCAAAUUUUUGUUUACAUCAUUAAAAACCCGCCAUUUUGUGAAUCUUCUCCCCCUUUCCUCUUCGAACUCCCCGGCAAUUUCGGCAAUCAGGGUCUCAUGGCGAGGUGGAAGUGUUGCUUCUGCACGUCUUUCUAAAAUAUCAAUCCACUUGGUUGGCGCCCUUGCUUGUUCUUCGUCAUCAUCAAAAAGGUCUUGUGCCGCAAAAGGUGGGGUCUCACAAUGCCUCGAAUGAAAGGGAUCAAAUUUUUCCAACCCUCUUGCGGGUUUGGUUUUCGGAAAUUUUAUGGAUCUCGGGGGUCGUGUUGGCCGAUUCUCAAAAAAACAUACAAAUACGCUUUGACCGUCGUCGAUGUGGCCAGCCGUUUCAAAGAGGCUGAACUGUUGACCUCCAAAGAAUAGGCUGAGGUGUCAAGCACUUUUCAGAAAAUUUACAAACGCUGGCCUUUGAAAUGGCCACAGUUUUUGCAAGUGGAUCCUGGACGGGAAUUUGUGGGUGUUGUCACCAAGGAGAUCGAAAAACACUCAUCAAACAUUCGAGGUGGGCGGGUGGUUAUUCACCGAGACCAGGUUAUCGUCGAAAGAUUAAACCGCAUCCUUGCUGCGCGCCUGUUCAGGCACCAGUAUGCAGUCGAAAUGAGGCUGUCCGUGAGCCAAAGAUCUUCUGAA